UAGAACAUCAUACGGAAGUUGAAGAGCUUUCACAAUUCGUCUGUAGCCUAAUAGCCGAAAUCUUCGACGAAACUAGUACCAACACCGUCCGAGCAUACACCUUACUUCUAUCCCACACCAAAACGUGGACGAUUCCCAGCUCCCUUGUCGAUGCAGUUCUCACGGCGCCGCAAGCAGAC